AUGGAUAUGAACCAUCUGAUAGGUCAGCGGUUCAACUUGAUCUCAAAAAGCGAUAUUCGGUAUGGCAGACACCAACCACUCCUUCGUGCCGAUGAUGGAUUUAACAAGUUACAUAGCUACGUCGGUACCCUCCAUGAAAUUAAUCCCGAAGCGUCGACCAUUGCACUUGAAAAUGUCGUCUCCCACGGCACGGAAGGACGCCGAGGCAACCCUAGCGAAGAGCUGCCUGCGUCCACGACCAUCUAUGAAUACAUCGUCUUUCGAGGCAGUGAUGUGAAGGAUAUCAGUAUCGCCGAGGAGAAGAAAGAACCGGAAAUCAAGCCUACACAAGUACCAGACGAUCCUGCUAUCCUCGGUAGCAUGUCCCGCCCCGGCCCUCCUGCUACCCAGCCUCCCCAGCCGCAGCAACAGCAGCCCCCUCCACCAGGUCCCCAAGGUGGUCGGCCAGGUCCACCUCCGGGCUAUCCUCAACAACCCCCCUUCCAAGGCUACGGCUAUCCUCCAUAUGGUCAACAACGAUUCGGGCCCCCUGGUUACGGUCCUCCUGGUCCCGGUUUCCCUCCAUAUGGUGCGCCACCUGGAUGGUUCCCACCACCCGGCCAUGGCUUUCCACCCGGUGCACCGGGUCAAUUCCCUCCACAUCAAGGACCAAUUGGACCCCCUGGUCAGCAACGUCCAGGUGGCCCGCCUGGCCCCCCGGGGCCACCUGUCGCUCCUGGCAAGCCCGCCUCGGAACUUCCUACCAGUGAUAAGACCGCGCCCCAACCGACUGUCGCAAGCGCAGCCCCGGCUCCCGGUAUUGCGCAAGACGGCCCAACACCGCCAGUCGAAUCGAAGCCUUCGGUAUCAGAGGCUACUCGUGGAACUGUAGCACCUCAAGGACCUGUUGCGGCUACUGCGCCGGCCCCUCAAACCCCCUCUAAGCUACCUCCAGGUGGCCCUAAGAAUGAUCGUUUUAUCCCCGCUAUUCCCAUCGCCAACGCGGCAGUGAAACCUACCGUGCCACUCACAACCGCACAGCAGGGUGCAGUUGCGGCAUCUCAAAAUACCGCACAAGCCGCCAUCACAGAAGCCACACGAGCUGCAACAGCUGCUGUUGCAGCUGCAAUGGCCAAGCUUCCACAGCCAAACGCUCAAAAGAAAGCCCAGAAUGACGCCGGUGUUGAAGAUCUUACAAAAAAAUUCAACGAUAUCAAGCCAUACGAUAACAACCGGGUGAAUCGCGGUGUGCACCACGGUCCACGAGGUGGGCGCGGCCAGCGCGGUGCACCACAUGUUACAGGCAAGAAACUAGAACUCCCAGAUACUGAUUUCGACUUUGAAUCAUCCAACGCAAAGUUCAACAAGCAGGAUCUAGUGAAGGAAGCCAUUGCUACGGGGUCACCGAUUGUCGAAGAAGAGAAGGAAAUCAACGGUGGUGAAGAAGACGUGCCUACAAGCCCGUCAGCGGCUCCAUCGGCCUACAACAAAGCAUCAUCUUUCUUCGACAACAUCUCAAGUGAGAUUCGGGACCGUGAAGAAGGUGCGAGUCGAGGUCGGGAACGACGAGGUGAAGAGGAGAAGAAGAACAUUGAAACGUUUGGUCAAGGCAGCGUCGACGGCUAUCGCGGUGGUUACCGUGGACGAGGUCGGGGACGCGGUUAUGGUGGCCAAAGGGGCCGAGGUGGUUAUGGUCGAGGAUAUGGAAACAACCGGGGACGAGGCAAUUUCCGCGGACGCAGUGCUUCACAAUCCACGGGCGUUCCUACGCAGACUUAA